AUGCGUUUGCUUAUCCCUGCAUCACCACAAGUUGUGCUUUCCUGUUUGAGCAGGGGGACAUCAGGAUACCCAAAGUCUUCGCCGAUUCGUCCGGUUCCAACCACUGUAGAUGCACUGGGGUGCCAUCCAGAUCAUCCAGUUCAACCGCAAUUUCUGACAUUCCCGUGGGAAGAAGCAACCUCUUUGAAGAAGGCUGCUAUUCGGACCAAGCACCUCUCUGAGGAAAUGAAGGCUUGCAAAUUGACACAGAUGGAUCUGACCGGGCUCCCUCACACGAAUGCCCAAUUCCUCUGCGCUACAAUCAACUAUGAAUGGGAUGGGGACACAUCUGAUGAUGGGUCUAUUGAAAAAUGUUUCACUGAAGAAAUGGUCACUGUUCUGUCCAUGAUGGCCAUGGACAAUGCCGAAGACGACCUAGUUAUUCUACCGGUGAGCGAACUUCGUGCGCGAGACAAGAAGCUGUGGCUGACUUCUAAGGAUAAAGUUGAGGAGCUCACGUAUAAGAAUCUCAAGCCCUAUGUUGACUGGUCUUGGAACAAUGGAGCUAAUAAUAAUAAAUCUGAUGCAUUAAUCGUGUUAAAACUAUCUCAAGUUUCUAGAUUGCCGUUAACGGCUGUCAUGGCCAUUUACCAUACGGAGUUGUGCUAG